AUGCUUUAUCUAUAUUGUGAACGAGGUUAAAGAUAAGUGCAGAUCGAGCUGUUUUGUGAUGCAUCUGAGCGAUACAGAAUAAAACAGCAUAUAUUAUAUACGUGUAAACGUACCAGAGGAAUAUGGGUUGUUUAUGAUAAGCUAAUAUUUUCAUCGCUAUACAGCAAACAGAAAUCAUGUCUAAAGGACGAAAACUAAAGUUAAAACUGAUCGGAGAUGUCGAUAAGAUCGAGGAGUUUCAAAGAGAAACGGCACGACUUCUGGAACAGUUUUUGCAAUCGGAUAACGAUGAGCAGCGUCCAGGGUAUAUCCAGUGUGGAAAUUUUGAACGUAAGGCUAAUGAAACGGAUAGCUCCGAUAUUUUACGGUUUCAAGGCUUCUCCGGUAGGGGCCGCGCAGUGUCUUUUGGGAAACUUGAUAGUAAGGCUAAUGAAACGGAUUGGUCCGAUAUUUUCCGGUUUCAAGGCAUCUCCGAUGGGGGCCGUGCAGUGUCUUUUGCUUUUGGAAACUUUGAAAGUAAGGAUAAUGAAACGGAUAUGUCCGAUAUUAAACGGCAUCAAGGCUUGCCAGAAAGCAAAGAAGCUGGUGACUCAACAGAGGACAAAGAUAACAUCCCACAAGGAGUUUUCGAAGGUUCAAGGACAGAAUUAGAACAAGAUCUCGUGCGGGAGUUGCGCCGAAUAGCAGACGAGAUUGACCGAAAUGGGAAAGAGAAUAUCUGCCAAUCCAUGAAAGACGUUGCUGGAUUGAUGGUCUACAGCAGUUUCAAGAGUACAGUCAAGCAGUACGUUGGUAACCUUAUUGGCUGGGGAAGAGUUGCCUUCGUUUUCCAGUUUACCAAAAAAGCCGUACAGGCGGCGGGUAGGGGAGGGUUAAAUGCCAGACAGAUCAGAGAGAACUGUUUGAGAUACAUCGAGGAUAAGUGUGCAGACUGGAUUGUAAGGCAUGGUGGAUGGGCGAGUAUGCUGCCGGCCGAUUCCGAUGAUUCAAGGCCAGAAGUGGACUAAUGACAUUUGCAUGAAAUCGGCCUUUAUCCAUAAAUCAAGCCACGUUGUUAAAAUGAUAGACACUUGAAAUUCACUCCGUUAUAUGCAUCCAGUUAAAAUGAUGUGUAUUGACCCAUAAUGUCGUUAACAGUUGAAGCAAGUUUUUACGCAGA